UUCCUACAACUACCUUCAGUCAACCCAAACAAUUAUGCAUGAACAUUGUAAAUUAUAGUUCAUGCAGCAACCUAUGUAGUUCAAAUUGGCAGUCACAAGAGAACAAAUUAUCUAGCACCUAUUAAACAAAGAACCAGCUGAUCCACUGAAGCAGCAGGCAUUUGACAAUCUAUCAUCUCUACGCUAUAUCACGUUCUUGCAAAAUGGCAGACACUACAGAAGACAAGGACUCUGGAGACAGUCCUCUCACCCACAAGGAACGCUGUAAAGAGGAGUGCAAAAAAGCUCUUGGCAUGUGUUUCUGGAAUAAGGUAGUAGAGAGCUUUAAAGCCAGGGAUAAGAAAAGAAACGAACAAGAUCCCGAGGAUAAAGAGGCCGAGAUACAACAAGAGAAGGAAGAGCUCGAAGAACAACUCGAACUGAUUAGGGAGAACUCAAAGGCUGACAAAGAAAACUACCUUGAGCAAAUAACAAUCCAAAAAGAAGCAUAUGAGCAGCAAUUGUACGAUCAACAGCAAAGCUACGACGGACAAAUCCAGCAGCUCCAACUUGACCUGGAGAAACGCUCCCUGGCAAUCCAGAAUGUCAGUGACAUGGUCCAACAGUACGAAUUCUUGGUUCCCGAGUAUAGCAGGCUCAAGAGAGACAGGGCGGAAUAUAUAACACCUCCAAUUUACUCCAAGCCAGGUGGUUACAAGUUUGUGAUUAAGGUGCUGGUAGUUGGUUCUAGGACUGGAUUGGGUUCUCAUGUGUCGAUACAAGGUUUGAGUCAACUGGGAGAGUAUGAUGCCAACUUAUCCUACCCGGUGAACAACAUGUCUGUGACGCUGCAGAUUUUGAACCAGCAGAACAAGAAAGAGAGCUAUGAGAAGCAAGUGCAUUUCACUUAUACCCGGAGCAAUAAUGGUGAAACCCUUGGGUCUGAUUUCCAGUUCAUAAGCCAUCAACAGCUUGAGGAAAAUGCAGCAAUCUAUCUCAAGAACGACACGCUCUGGUUCAGGAUAACGAAGAUCCAAAUCGAGACUGCAAAUCCAGGAAGUAAGAAGUAGAAGAUGGAACGAGUGAUACAUAAUUAUAUAAACAGAAACAUUGACUAUUUUAGAUAGAGCUUAUAAUAAUGGAUGCUAAACUAUAGUGUACGAUUACAAUGACUUCAUCCUAUCUGAAGGCAAUACCUCCAUUCAGCUUUGAAAAAAUUGACACAAUAUCCUAUACAGGAAUGUUAUCAUGUAUAUACAGACCUUGCAUACAAACAUUAAUUUUACUGGCUAUUUAUAUGUACGACAUUUCCUGA